AUCACUCAUCACAGUCAUCACACAUAAUCAUAUUUAGGUUAUGUUCAUUUAAGCGUUGCUUAAUUUAUUUGUAAAUGAUCAAAUAAAUUCGUGGAUAAGUAUGAAGUAAAUUCUUUCUAUGUCUGAUAUGAAAAACUCUUAAUUUAAUGAUAAAUGUAAACCUGUUCUCCGAUAAACAGUUAAAAAUUAGUAUCCUUUUUGUUCGUUGAAUAAUUUAAGUUGUACGAUGUCGGAUCUGAAACAUCCAGUACCACUAAAGAGAUACAGAAGAGAAGAAGAAAAGAAUGAAUUUGAUUCUGAUGAUGAUUAUGUCCCUUAUGUCCCUGUAAAAGAAAGAAAGAAACAGCAACUUGCUAAAUUAGGUCGACUUAGUCAAUUAAAAGAAGAUGGCAUGAAUGGAGCUGGAAAGAGUAGUAGUGAAAAUGAGCAAGAUGAUAGAGAUGAUGAUAAUGGUCAAGUAUGGGGGCGAAAAUCAAAUAUUUCACUUUUGGAUCAGCAUACAGAAUUGAAAAAAUUAGCAGAAGCUAAAAAAGAAAGUGCUAUGGAAAAACAGUUGAAGGAAGAGGAAAAAAUUUUAGAAACUGUUGCUGAAACUAAAGCUCUUAUGGGAGUAGCAGAAUUGGCAAAAGGAAUAGAAUAUACUGAUCCUAUAAAAACUUGUUGGAAACCACCAAGAAUAAUAUUAAAUUUGAGUGAAGUAAGACAUGAAAGAAUAAGAAGAAAAUAUGGUAUAACAGUUGAAGGGGAUGAUGUGCCACCACCAUUGAGGAGUUUCAAAGAAAUGAAAUUUCAUAAAGGAAUCUUAAGCGGAUUAGAACAGAAAGGCAUUACAAAACCAACUCCUAUACAAAUGCAAGGAAUACCUGCUGUCUUGUCAGGAAGAGAUAUUAUUGGAAUUGCCUUCACAGGUAGUGGAAAAACGUUAGUUUUUGUUUUACCUCUUAUUAUGUUCUGUCUGGAACAGGAAGUUGCUCUGCCUUUUGGCAAACAUGAAGGACCCUAUGGACUGAUCAUAUGUCCAUCUAGAGAAUUAGCAAAACAAACAUAUGACAUCAUUCAACACUAUACUAAUAGUUUGAGACACCAUAAUUGCCCAGAAAUUAGAUGCUGUCUUGCUAUAGGUGGAGUUCCCGUAUCUGAAUCAAUGGCUAUAAUUGGCAGAGGGGUACAUAUAAUGGUUGCUACACCAGGUCGACUAAUGGACAUGUUAGAUAAGAAGAUGGUUAAAUUGAAUGUAUGCAGGUAUCUUUGUAUGGAUGAAGCAGAUAGAAUGAUCGACAUGGGUUUUGAAGAAGAUGUUAGAACAAUAUUUUCAUAUUUCAAAGGUCAACGUCAAUCGCUCCUAUACUCAGCUACUAUGCCAAAGAAAAUUCAAAAUUUCGCUCGCUCAGCUUUGGUAAAGCCUGUAACAAUAAAUGUGGGUAGAGCUGGAGCUGCUUCUAUGAACGUUAUUCAAGAAGUGGAAUAUGUCAAACAAGAAGCAAAAAUUGUCUAUCUUCUGGAAUGUCUGAAAAAGACGCCUCCUCCUGUUUUAAUUUUUGCUGAAAAAAAACAAGAUGUUGAUGCUAUUCAUGAAUAUCUUUUACUAAAAGGUGUUGAAGCAGUUGCUAUUCAUGGUGGCAAAGAUCAGGAAGAAAGAUCGAGAUCGGUAGAAGCCUUUCGGGCUGGUAAAAAAGAUGUUUUAGUUGCUACAGAUGUAGCAUCGAAAGGUCUUGAUUUUGCUAAUAUUCAGCACGUUAUAAAUUAUGAUAUGCCUGAUGAUGUGGAAAAUUAUGUUCACAGAAUCGGUAGAACUGGUCGUUCUAGUCACACAGGUAUAGCGACGACAUUCAUUAAUAAAGCCAAUGACGAAUCUGUUCUUCUCGACUUGAAACAUUUACUAAGAGAAGCCAAACAAAAGAUCCCUCCAUUCUUGCAAGAAUUAUGCUCCGAGAACGAAAAGUACCUUAAUGUUGGAGACGAGCAAGGUUGUAGCUAUUGCGGUGGUCUCGGUCACAGAAUCACAGAAUGUCCAAAAUUGGAAGCUAUUCAAAACAAACAAGCAUCAAAUAUUGGUCGCCGCGAUUAUUUGGCAAGCAAUGCUGCAGAUUAUUAAAUUGUUCUAUUUUCAUUUUAAUUUAAUACUGCUUACUAAUAACAGUGAAUUCAUAUUGUUGCUAGAGUACGUAAAUUCGAAUCAUUAAUCAUAAAAUGAAUAACGGCAAACUAUUAUUGAACUGACUGAAUCAUAUUGAAGAGAAAGUAAUUUUUUCUAAUUGAUUUUUAAUAUAUGUAAAGACAUUUAUAUUAUACAAUGUAAACCAUACAUGUAAAUAUUUUAACUAAUAAUCAAUUAAGUUUGUAUAUAUAUUUUUAUUUAGUUCGGUUAUCAAAUUGUAAAAUAAAAAAUAUGAUAAAAUAUAUAUCAUUUAAGUUUGUUAAAUUGGUUGAAAAGUUAUGUAAAUAAGGUCGAA